UUAGGUCACAAUCACAUUCAUGGCGGAGCGGACGCUGAAGUCUUCGGUUCGCUUCGGCUCCGGAUCAGUUUCACACGCUGCUGCCUCCGACCGGCUCCUUCUCCACGGCGACGGCGCAGAGGCUCAUGGGAAUUGUAGUGCGACGUGGGCCCGUCUUCCCCGGCGGCGUCGUGUUUGUGGUCACCAUGGCAGCUGGACGCCCCUGUGUUGUUUGGAGUGUUGCGGUGCGUCAGUAAAGACUUCUGCAUCCUCCAGACGGAGACUUUUAAAAAUGCUGCAGAGUGAGAGAAGAAGAAGAUGCCGCGAGGUCACCGGACCGACGCCGCAGUCAGUGGCCGUGAGAGCCAAGUUCCCGUCCUCGAGGCCUCCGGACCAGCUGAUCCUGGAGAGGCAGAAGCAGGACGCCGCCCGAGACAAAGUCCUGGAGUUCGCAAAGUACCAGCAGACCUGGGACAUCAAGAACUCGUGGCUAAAGAGCUCAGACGGGCGCCACCUGAGGGGAACCAUCCAGAGGGGGGUCCGAGCCGCUCUGGACCAGCAGGAGGUCCACAUCCAGGAGAGGAGAGACAGGCUGCGUGUGCUGUUGGAGGCGGAGGAGCAGCAGCUGCUGCAGGAGAUGGAGGACAGGAUGGAGACGUCGGUGGAGAGGCAGGCGAAGAUGAGAGAGCGAGCUAAAACCCUGCGAGAGAGAAGAGAGAGAGACCGACAGCAGCUGGUCUCAGAGAAGAUGGAGCAACUCUUCAGGGAGCAGUGCGAGGAGCUGCGGGCCGCCCAGAGCCGCCGCACAGAGCGGCAGGUGUGCUCUGAGCGAGCCGCCCAGGCGAGGAGCCGGCAGGAGCGGCGGCAGCAGCAGCAGCGGGAGGAGCGUCUGUUUGAGGAGCUGUGGGAGGCCGAUCGCAGAGCCAAGGAGCAGCGGGAGGAGCAGAGGGCGCAGAGGCAGCAGCUCAGGAACCUGCAGCAGCUGGACUUCAUCAGGACUCAGAUGGAAGCGGCCGAGCGGCAGAGGCAGAAACACAGAGAGCUGAGAGAGGAGGAGGCUCGGCUCACGCUGCAGCAGCAGGAGGUGCGGCGGCUGCAGCUGCAGCGCGAGCAGCGGCAGAAGAUCCAGGACCAGGGGGCCCGGCGGCGGCAGCUGGAUCAGAGCCUGCGGCUGAAGAUGAAGCGUCUGUCCAGAGAGCAGCAGGAGGAGCUGCAGCUGGACAUGAGCAUCCUGCAGACGCUGCUCAAACAGGAAACGGACGAGAAACAGGAAGCAGCUCAGAGGAAGGCCGAGCUGCGGCGGGAGCAGCAGGCGUACCGGCGGCAUCUGUCGGACGAGCUGCAGAAGCAGAAGAGGGAGGAGGAGGAGACGGAGCAGCUGAUCGAGGAGAAGCUGAAGGAGGUCUGGACCAACAGGGAGAAGCAGAGCCGGGUGCAGCGAGAGGCCCGGGACCGACUGAUGAGGGAGGUGAUGGAGGCUCGCAGUCUGCAGAUCCAACAAAAAAUGGAUCAGAACAUGCAGAAACAGGUGGAGCUGUCCACAGAGAGAGACGAGCUGAGCAGAGUGAUGGAGGAGAUGAAGGUGACGGACGAGGAAGAGAAAAGACGUCAGAAGCAGACCCGCGAGGCGUAUCAGGCCGACCUGAAGGCUCAGAUGAAGCACCAGCAGCAGCUUCGGAGUGAGCAGAGGGCUCAGGCGGAGAGGGAGCACCAGCAGGGUCUGAUCCUGCAGGAGCAGUACAAACAGAGGGCCGAGGAGAUCCUGUCCAGACCCACAUCUCACACCGCCGCCUCACAUCCUUUCAGACGAGCAGAGGGAUCCAGGUCCGCCUCCUGAACAGAAGGGGGACACGUGUUACGCAGAGAAACCCUGUAAGAGCUUCCUGUCCAAUAUAUUUAGUUACAACACUGCA